AUGGAUCGACUUAACCCCCUCGAGCCAAUGCGCUCUGUAAUUCAGAAUGCUCUUCCACACACCACCGUCGAGUCUAUUAACCAGUUGCCAUCAUGCCGCCUGCUGAGAUUCUUCAGUGUCAAGAUCUCAGAUGGUAGGACCUUACUUCUCAGCAUGCCGCCGCCCCCGAUCAUGAGGCUUCUUCGAUCUGAGAGGGCUAUGAAUCUUUCCGAAACCCUCGCAACCAAGUGGAUUCUUGAAGAAGUACUUCAAUCCGCCACAGAGGUUGAAAAUACCGGCCAUGGAAGUAUCGUCACCUACCAAAAUAUUGGAAGCCAAUCUGGGAAGAGCGGUCCUGGUAUUGGUCCUGAGGAAAUUAGAGGUACGAAGGAGGAUAUGUUACGGUUUCUCCCAAUCCUAGUCGCCCACUCCCCUUCGCCGGUAGAGCUGGGUUCCCCUUUUAACAUCUUCGAACCGCCGAAAGGGAUUUCCUUCUCCGGACUUCCAACACCUUUGAAUGCAUCAGAGAAAAAGGCAGUGGAUUUCCAACGAGGUCAACUCGUACGACGACUCUCUAACUUCACAUCACCGAAUGGAUUUUUCGGCCCAGCUAUAGCGGUCAUCGGAUCACGGUUAGAAUCUACGGACCCGCGCGGAGCGCAACUGGCUAGCUUUGGUAUUCGUGGCGCUAGGACAUGGAGGCAGGCAUUCCAUGCUCUGUUGGAAGGCGUCCUACGAGACGCGGAAGAUAUGGCCGUGACGUUCAGCUAUGAACCAAUCAGGGGUUAUUUUAACAGAUUAGGUUAUCUACUAGAUGGUGUCACAACAUCUAGACUAGUAAUACUAGAUGCGAGCGACGAGUCCAACAUCUUGGUAUCAAGAUCCACUAAAUCCGCCGAAAGGGGGGAAGAAUCUCACCCAUACUCAACACCAACUCAUGAUCCGAACCGAACUGAAACUGAAGUCCCAUCUGAAAAAUCGACGAUAGAUCGAAGUGGAAAAGAAGGAAAGGGCAUAGAGUCGUUAGAAACACUGCAACCGACCGUAACCAUCACAGGCCUCCUCGAUUGGAGCAAUUGCAUCUUCGGCGACCCGCUCUUUGCCGAAGUCUUCAGUCGUGACCCAUCCUCCGAGUUCCUAUGCGGCUUUCAUGGAAACUCCCAGCAUAACGACGGCGACUUUGUUGAGGACCGUGAAAGCGCGCAAGCCCGUCUGCUUUUAUACGAGUGUUACCACGCCACUGUAGGCGUUGUGAAACAAUUCUACAGGCCCGGGCCUAACAGUAGCGACCGCGAGAUCACAGCGCGCAGACGAUUGGUAGCUGCCCUGAAGAGGCUUCAGGAGGUUGAUGAGGAGGCAGCCGGGAAGAGACCUAGACGACCCAGUGCUAAUGUGGAGGUGUGGCCGGUGAAGAAGCCUAGAGGAGAUCGGGACAGCCCCGGACCCAAUAUCGGAACACAAGGCUAA